UUAUGCAUGGUUCUAAUAAAAGUCUCAGACAUAUCCAACGAAGCUAGGCCUAUGGAUGUCGCCGAACCCUGGCUAGAUAAGCUGUUGCAAGAGUUCUUCAAGCAGAGCGACGCAGAGAAACUUGAAGGUUUACCUGUCACUCCGUUCAUGGAUAGGGAGAAGAUCACCAAACCAUCAUCGCAAUGUUCAUUCAUAGGGUUUGUUCUACUACCUUUGUUUGAGGCUUUGGGAGAUUUAUUCAUUGAGCUCCAGGAUCUCAUCAUUCAACCCGUACGUGAAGCUCUAGAUUAUUAUAGAAGACUUAAUGAAGCAACGAGGGAGGAAAGACUGCAUCGUAAAAGUAUCGUAGAAUUAGUCGAUCAUCAAAAUACUCCAUCAUCUCAAAGUCCAGAUAGCGGAGCGUCAGUGCCAAAAUCGAAUUCCACCCUCAACAUCAAAAUGAAGAAGAGUUUGAGUUUCCAACAGACUCGGUCCAGAUCCCGUUCAACAGACGAGGACUCAACAGAUCCUGACGUCGUCUCUGUUAUCGAUGAAGGCCAGAGUCUCGAAGAUGUCCAAGAAGCCCCGGAAAGUACGGACUCGGAAAAUUCAGAAACAGCCAAUGAAGUCGAAGUCUCCGAGAGAGCUCUCAAAUUUAAAAUAUCCACAGAGAGCAGCAUAUCGGCAACGGGUAGGAAAAGCUAUCCCGGAUCGAGGAAAGGUAGCAGAGAAAGAGUACAACACCUGAAUCAUUCCGAGAUCGCGAGGAUGGUCCAGAAAGGAAAGCUGAGAUGUGGUGGCUUGAGUUUCGAUCAACACUGCCUGGUUGGCAACAAAAAACUAUCAUUCGACCCGCCGGAGUUUUUAGACGAGUACGCUUUGACGCUGAAGAAGAAAUUCGAAGAGGGACUCGCCAAUCAGGCAGGUAAUGGAGAAAACUACGAGAACAGCCAUGGCGGGGAAUACAUCCUCUCCAAAGAAACCCUCAAUCUCAACAAGAAAAACUCCGAACACUCUACGAAGAUUCCAUCUAUCGCCGAAGAGAAAAAGAGCAUUCUGAAAUGUAGUGACAACAAAAGUUUCACGAACGCAGAAAAAUUGAAGAUGAAUAACAGCCUGCAGCUUGACGAAGACUCCGACUCGUUAUCCAAGGAAGAAGGGCUGGUGUGUCCUAAUAAUACGCGGGAAAACAGUAUUAAAAAUUGUACGGGACAGUCAGUGGGUAAAACAAGUGAUAGUUCAAACAGUAUUCAUGUGCAGAACGACGGAGUGCCGGGCGAAGCGAAAUCUAACCGGUCGAUUUUCUCGCGGUUCCGCCAGUUCACGGACCGAUUCGGCUUGUCGACUGACAAGGUGAAAGCUAAAAAUAACAAUUGCGCCACGCACAAAGGAAAGGACAAGGGUAGAUUAGACAAGGGUUGGGCGUCCGAUGCGGCAGUGGACGAGCUGGAUCAGAACGCAGACCUGGAAAAUCAAUCUCUUCCGUCUACUUCUCAGAUCCAGAGCAACUGUGCGAGCCCCAACUUCGGUAAUGUCAAGGAUGGAGGAACGCCGCCGAGGAAAAAGGGGUCCUCUGAUCAGUUCCGAGGCGAUUCCCUUGGAAACGAUAUCGACGUGGUGGACAAAUGUAUCGCCAAACUGAACGAAAUCAAAAGAGAGGAGGUGAUGCUUUCGGCGGAAAAAGACUUGAAUUUGAUAUGACAAGACGUUAACCCUCCUGAAAGGGAAUGUUUCACCAGAUAUAUUUUCUGUCGUUGUUGUAAAUAUAAAUCAAUUCAUAGAGAAAAUGUGUAGGCGAGGUCCCGUCGCACUCUGUCAAUUCAACGCUUUCAACUUAUGAAAUGGGUUUUAUCGGAAAUUUUUUUGAUGUUUGGGGUUCUCUCACAAUAACUUUGAUAUUUCUCAGAAGUGAAAAAUAUUACUGUUGGAACAGACUGGAGGAAUUCGGACACUGACAGCUUGAAAAUAAAUCGGAUAACGAUAGUUUUGAUCGAAGUUUUUUGUUCAAAAUCAAUAUAUGUUCUUUCCGAACGACAUCCGAAGAAAAUAUUUUGAAUCCAUACAUUUAUACCUCCAUAUUAGUCAAUAUGGAUUUUAUAGUCAGUUGACUAGUUCGGUGAUCGAAUAAUUUUUCUGAAGAAAAAUUAGUUGGAUGACAGGAUCAAUUUCUCUUAAAAAAACAAUUGUUUUUUUGCCGACGUUUCGAAUUUGAUCAAAUUAUCCUUCGGGGCUCUGUAACAAUGA